UGGAUGUACAGUGCUGUGUGUCUGGUGAUUUCUGAGUUCUCUGAGGAUUGUCACUGACAAGGAAGCACGGUGCUAAACGUGGAGUGUCUUGAACAGGAGGAUGAACGUUAUCAGAUGGACCUCUCUGUUCAUGGUUGUUCAGUGUAUUUUUCUGCAGGUGACUCAUUCCAGAGGAGACACUGAGGUGUUCUGUGUUGUCAUGGAGAGCUGCAUCUUACCGUGCAGCUUCCAGGGUGACACUGAUGUGGUCAUCCACUGGAUUCAGGUGACAGCAGGAAACAGUCCUGUCCAUUCCUUCUACCACAACAAAGACCAGCUCACUCACCAGGACCAGCGCUUCAGCGGCAGGACGUCACUGUUCACGGACCAGAUCUCAGGAGGAAACGCCUCCCUGCAGCUGACAGGGCUGCAGGUUCAGGACCAGGGGAGAUACAAGUGCUACACCAGCACCAACAGAGGAAGGAAUGAAUCAUUUACCAACCUGAAAGUGGACGCUCCAGUUGGUAAAGUCGACCUCCAGCAGGUGGGAAACAGGAUCACCUGCAGCUCAGAGGGGAUCUACCCUAAACCUGAGCUCACCUGGUCCACCAGCCCUCCAUCCACUGUGACCUUCAAGAACCAAACUGAAGUCCAGGAGACUGAGCAGCUGCUCUACAACAUCAGAAGUUCUCUGACAGUUUCAGACAGCGACUCUGAUCUGAGCUACAGCUGCAGCAUCAGCACUCGCAGAAACAAGAGGAGAGCCACCUUGUCUAAAACAUCUUUUCUCAAUGUUUCAAACACUGGAACAACGAUCCCCUGCGCUGCCUCAAAGUCCUCCUUCAAGAGUCUGAUCUGGAGAUUCAACCACAUUCUGAUCGUCCUGACCCAGACCAGAGCUGACGUCUCCUCCUCAGUCUCAGAGGGCUGGAGGCAGCAGGUGAAAGGUGUGUCAGAGUCAGGCAGCCUCAUGCUGCAGAACUUAUCUCCACAUCAUGAGGGAAUAUACACCUGUGAACUGAGUGAUGCUGAGGAGACACUGAUAACCAACACCUUUCUGUGGAUACAGAGUCCAGAUGAGGAUUCAACCAAUCAUAGAGUCAUUACAGGUGUGGUGGUUACAGCUGUUUUGGUCUUAGCAGCAGCAGCAGUUGUUCUUGUCUGGUACUGUAAAAAGAAAAGAGGUAAAAUAAUGUUCCUCCUACACUUUAAUAAAUGUCUUGUUUGUUAUUUUUAUUAA